AUGGCCCCAUGGCCCACCAUGGCUCCGCAUGGUCCCAUGGCUCCAUGCCCCUGGCCCCUGGAAUUUAAGGUCAGGGGUUCUUCACCUGGCAGGCUGUUCUCCGCAUACUUGGUGUUGCAGGAUGGGAUGGGCCGGAGAAUAGGCGAGUUCACAUUGUUGAACCAGGUUGCCCUGCCUCUGGAGAUGGAAACGUUUGCGUUUGAGGUGGAGCAGGUCGCCUUUACGUACCACAAUGACCAGGGUGAAGGAUUCGACAUCCGUGUUGACCCUGCAAUGGGAGUCCGCCUCCUAGGCGAAGAUAUCCUACCCAGUGCAUCCCUUCUAGGAUGCGGUUGGGGUCCCGACAACACUAGAUGGCAGAGGCUUCGAGAGGGCGGAAACAUGGCAUGGAAAGGGAGGUAUGAGAUGAGACCUGCUUCAAAGGAAUUGCAGCGAGGUGCAGCACCGGUGCCGGACAACGUGGCGCGGAGCUUCCUGAAGGCGCUGGAUGAGGAGUACGUCCAGGGCGCCGGCGCCAAGGUGGGUGAGUUCUUCGAAUGCGAAGGGCACGAGGAGACCCUCCUUCCCUUCGAGGAGAAGGUGCGCGCAGCCGAAGGCAAGCGGGCCACCAUUCAGGCGAUCGCCCAGAGCUGGGGCUUCGAGUGCCCCUGA